AUGACGUUCCUGAGCUUAAACAUCUUGGUCCUGCUCCUGUCUAAGGCGGUCCUGGCGGGCGUCCUGACCUCAUCACUGAGAGCAUGUCCCACCUGUAAAGGAAAGCAGGUGGCCGCAGGUGAAAACACCACUGCUCUGCCUCUUGGAGAGCCGUGUGGCGUCUACACUCUGAAGUGUGCCCACGGUCUCCGCUGUGAACCCCCUCAGGAUGAGCCCAGGUCCGUCCGUGCCCUGCUGGAGGGCAGAGGAGUCUGCAGCAACGUCAGCACCACCAGCACCACCAGCACCACCACCACACAGGUCCAGACUGAAGACCUGACUCCCACUCAGAGUCCAUCUGAGGCCCCGUGCCGUAAACUGCUGACUACACUCACCAAAGGCCUCAGUGCUCAGGUUUUUAAAUCCCAUCAUGAAAUCUACGUGCCUAACUGUGACAGGAGUGGCUAUUUUAAAAAGAAGCAGUGUUGGUCAUCUCGAGGCAGGCAGCGUGGAAGGUGCUGGUGCGUGGAUGAGAACGGCGUACCCGUCACUCCAAAGACUAAACAGCGGGGCAGUGUGAGCUGCUGAAGAUGGAGAUGAAGAGACGAGACUGAGAUGAAGGAACAGAAAAAAAA